UAAUGUUUUUUAUCAUUAAAAGGGACAUAACUUAGAGACUUUUUGCUCGCAACAUCAACAGAAUACAAAGCUUUUACUUGUCAUUGCAGAUUAAUAAUGAAGAUUAUAAAUGUUACAAUGGAAUUGCUUAAAUAAUGGACCAACUUUUCACUUGGCGAAACGAAGAUUCAAAUCCCGAAAAAAUCCUAAAAGUUGAACUAUUGAUCACAAGAGCGAAUUCCGUUCAUUGUGAUCCGUUCUUUACUCAGGAUGAACCGAAUUCUAAUCUAGAUGUUUACUCUAUGACGUCAGUAGACGGACAAUUGACUUAUACGAGAACUGUGAACUUAUCAUUAGGUGUUUAUCACUUUUUAUACAAAAUCACCACCGUGGAGGAGGCGUGGUUGGAAACCAUACACAGUAAAUACAAAACUGUAUUAGGAUCAGGCCGACCAGUGAAUUAUAUCGAAGUUGGUGACGCUUCACCGAAGAGUACGAAUUCUUUUUCGGAUUGUAUAAAUAUUCCUGACGAAUAUUCUCCGUUAUUAUCUUCAAAAAAAGAAUGUAAUCCCGAAGCAACCGUGGUCCAACGUAAAGGAUGGUGUUGUUGUUCCAGAUGAGACAGCAUAAGUGUCGGUUUGAGUUCGUAUAUUCUUUUAUCAGAUAUUAUAAUACCCCUAAAAGGAGAGUUGGAACGUAACAUACUUAAAGGGACACGGGAGCCUAUGGUAUUUAGUGGAUUUCUUAUUUGGGAAUUUUUUAGAUUGCCUUUUUGUCAAUAUUUUAUUUAAUCGACAUCAGUAGAAUAUAAAACCUUUCGCCGUGGUGUAUUUUCAUUUUUACUACAUACUUAAGGGACAAGGGAGCCUAUGGUAUUUAGUGGAUUUCUUAUUUGGAAAUUUUUUCCCUUUUUUAUUGUGUUUAGUUGAAAAUUUUUAUAUAUUGUGAAUUUCUUUUAUUAUGAAAAGUUUAAGCUAAAUUAACAAUGAAAAAGUCUUGUUGUGCGGGGUUGUUUUUAUACAUGGUAGCUAUACAGCAGUGAUUGCUGAUUCAAACUCUUAAUUUGUCACAGGGACUGCUAUGAAGAUAAAAUUCUUAAUUUUAACUUUAACAUGCUACGUUUUGUAUUUAAUAUUUUAACCAUUAUACAUUAUAUCUUGUCUCCAGGUUUAUUAAACAUAUUUUGUGCAAGUGUAAUUCAUCAAUUUACAAAAUAGAAAAAAAUCAAGAUGGCCUUCUCUUACUCUCUGACUUUCGCAGUCGAACAAUGUCUUUCUUCAAGUAGCCUUGUUUUUUUGAUAACAAAACAGUUUUCAGUUCUAAAGAAAUAAAUUUUGAGAAGGUAUACUGAAAUGUCUAAAUUUUCGUCUAAAACUAAAAACAUGCAUAUUUUUUAUUUCAAAACAAGAUUCAAAUUGGAUGAUUUCUAUGAAGAGUUAUUGGUUACUACAAUAAGAGGGUUUAUGAUCUUCAUUUGUAAAAGUUGCAAGUUCAAAGGGAAAUUUUGCCUUACAUUACAUUUUUAAAUAUAGCAGCGUAGAUGUGAAAAACAAAAUUUGCUAGCUUCUACACUAGGAUCCUCAGUGUUGGAUUCUAUUUUUUGUCAAUGAGUUAGAAUUCUAUUCAACGCGUUUUUUUUGUUCUUUUUUAAGUCAGUAAUAUAUGAUGUAUUUAAGUGACGUGUAUUUCUUAUUAUUUAUAAUUUUUUUAACUUAUUUGAAUGUAAUAACUUUAAAAAAAUAUAAAUACCAAAUAUAA